UAAAAUGUCUACAAGAGUUAGGAUGCCUCUUUUAAUGGUUUUCUUACAUCUAUUGUUUUCAGCAACAAUUCAUGCAGAUCAAAAUGUUAUGCCUCUCAAAAUCUUCAAGAUAAGUGAAAAUGUAACAUAUGAUUGCAUUGACAUUUAUAAGCAGCCAGGACUUGAUCAUCCUUUGCUCAAAGAUCAUACAAUUCAGUUGAAACCAUCAGUUUCAAAACCUGAAUUGAAGAAUCAAACUGGCAACAAUAAAACAUAUAAGAGAAAAAUGGGAUGUCCAGAUAAUACUGUUCCUAUAUUGAGAAAUUCAAAAGAAUACAUUAACAACACAAAACUUUACACCGAGAAAUAUUUCCAUGCACUUACAGGUGAUAGUCCUGGAACACAUGUUGCUGGAGUAAGAUCACGUGAUGGUCCAUAUCGUGGUGUAGAAGGUUGGAUUAGUUUACAUAACUUAAACAUCGGAAGAGAUCAAGCUUCAUAUACUCAAAUAUAUAUAGGCAGUGGAUUGAAUAACCAAGUUAACUUUAUCCAAGCGGGUUGGAUGUUAAAUAUAAACCCAAGUCUAGGUGGCGACAGUAAUCAUUGGUCAUACGGAUUUUGGAAGGGUAAAGAUGGAAAAGGAUGUUAUAAUACAGCAUGUCCUGGGUUUGUUCAAAUAUCACAGGAGGUACCAAUAGCACAACCCUUGGACCAACCAGGGGAAGAUUUGUUGUAUUACUCUAUCCAUCAGGACAAACGAACAGGAAAUUGGUGGAUUACAAAAUUGAUACCAAAAGUACCUAACAUAGAUAUUGGAUAUUGGCCAAAAGAGUUAUUUGAUCUCAUGGAUACUGGUGCAAAUAUGGUUGGAGUUGGAGGUGCAGUUCAGGAUUCUCGUCAGAUUUCAAGCCCUCCAAUGGGUAAUGGUAAAUUUCCAAAUGGAGGCAGUAGAGAUUCAGCAUUGUUUCCAGAUAUUAAAGUCGUGAAUUCCAACUAUGAACAACGUAGAAUUGAUUAUUUUCCUCUAGAAAAGUUGUUAGAUAGUCCAAAAUGUUAUGGGUUACGAAUUGGUAAAAUAAAAAUACUUGGUUUCUUUUUCAAUUAUGGUGGUCCGGGAGGAAACUCUUGUGGAGUUUGA